AUGUCCAUCGCUCAAGCGGCCGCCAAGGCCAUGCUAUCAGAUGCCCUGCUGCAGGAGGGCUCUGCAACCGGCCGGCUUGCCCACCUGGAGCUGGAGCUGCCGCUGGACAAGGUCAUCAAGUACGUGUCUGUGGGUUUACCGCUGCUGCUGGUCUCCAUGGCCUUCGCUCGGGAGAUCUCCCUCGGGCCUCAGAUCAGUUGUUUCCCUCCCAGCAACUUCAGCAUCAAGCAGGCCGGCUAUGUCGACACGUACUGCUGGGACUCGCUCAUGCACCACGAGUUUGACAGCAGCGGCAACUUUGAGGAACGCUCUCUCUGGGUGCACAAAAUGUUCCCCUACUCUCUCCUGGCCAUGGCUGUGCUGAUGUACCUGCCUGCUCUGAUCUGGCGCCAGCUGGUCAUACCCACGCUGGGCUCAGACCUGCUCUUCAUUAUUGACGAGCUAGACAAGUCUUACAACCGCUCAGUCCGACUGGCCCAGAGCAUCCUGGAAAUGCGCCAGAGCACCAAGAACCCCCUCACUUUUCAGGCCGAGCUGGAGAGGGCCAAGAAGAGACGUUACUUCGAGUAUCCACUGUUGGAGAGAUACAUGCAAUGCAAACACAGCUCCUACUUCCUGGUUAGCAUGCUGUUCUUGCGUGGCUUCCUGCUGCUCAUCUUCAUGACUGCCGCCUGCCUCUAUCUGGCCUACUUCCACCUCUCUGCCUUCCUGCAGGAUGAGUUCAGCUGCUUCGUCCGUACAGGCAUGCUGCGCGAUCAGAGCUGGGUACCUGAACUGGUCCAGUGUAAAAUGACCGGCCAGUUGGUCUUCCAGGUGAUAAGCGUGGCGAACGGUGCCAUCUAUGUCCUGUUGGCGCCGAUUGUCCUCUUUAGCCUGGUCCGGCUCUUUGUCUGGGACACCACCUUCCUGUCUGUGUACGAGGUGCUCCCCUCGCUCAGCCUCAUUGGCAGUCGUAAGCUGGGAUGUCCUCUGAAUGACCUCAAUGUGCUCCUGCUCUUUUUGCGUGCUAACGUGGCACAUCUGAGGUCGUUUGGGAAGGUCAGGGCAUUGUGCUCCCUGGCGCCACCACAGGUGGGCAACGCCACGGCAGGACAGGGUUUGAACGCCAUGCUGACCCAAGAAGAGAUUCAGGAGCGUGAAGAGGCAGCAAUGGAGCUGAAAGAGGAAAUAGAGGAGGCAAAGGAGGAAGGAAAGCUCAACUUGGUGGAUAUCAUGACCAUCCUGGGAGCAGCUCAGGGGAAAGUGGUAAACUGCAGUGAGCAGAGGCCUCUGGUGGAGGAGAAUAUGACCCUUGAGCCAAACCUCCAGGGGUACCAUGAGUUGAAGGAGACUCCACCAUUUAGUCAUUAUUAG